AUGAUGCGGGCCACUAAUUCCGAUAACAAGGACCAAAUAGCUGCGGUCCAUUUCUUCUGCGGCGAGCAUGUUGAUACCAGAAAAGAGAUGAAUUCUCCAACAACCGAGGCGAACGAGUUUCUGUCACAGCUUCUGUCUUCCUUCAAGCAUAUCAACCUUGUUCCCCUUCCGAAGAUGGGCGAAUUCGAUGGGGACGACAUGGAGGCGGUCUGUCAAUGGAUUGAAUGCUUCCUAGAUCUUUUGCCAGCGACGGCGGUUGUCUUUUGCAUAAUCGACGGCUUGUCAUAUUACCUCGCUGAGGAGCAGACGCCUGAGCAGGCAAACGAGUUGCUUCGGUGGCUUAUCAAAUUGACACGCCACCAGAAAAAGGCCAGGGAACACUUGGAACUAUGCACGUUCAAGUUAUUUCUUACUGCGCCGCGGCAGCUUCAAGGAUCGUAUGUCACAGAGUUAAAAGCGGAUGAAGUCCUGAAUGUGCCAAUCAGGCCUCCUAGAACAGGAGGCUUCACGGAAAUGAAAUGGGAAGCUGGAGCGGGUGGCUAA